ACAGUCGCAUAAACCUCAUAAUUUAUUAAGAGUGAAUUACUCGAAAAACUUUUCAAGCCACUUCUAGCUGAUUAAUUGAUUUUAGUAGUAUUUCAUCAUUGCUAACAUGUUUGUGCGUUUAAUUUGUUAACUCUGAACACAUAAAUAAAUUAAAGUAUGAAUAUCUAUACUAGUGAGUUUAAAAUAAUACCAACCAUUUAAAAAAACUAAAAUUAAUAAGCAUAAUUUAGUUUAAUUUAUUUAGGUUAGUAAGGUAAGUCAUUUAGGUCUAAGAACAAUUUAUUAUUUUAUAUGAAAUAAUGACAUUAUUAAUUUUUUCGGCUAUUUUACUACUUAUAUUGCAAUUAUCAUGCUGCAAUAAGGGACCAAUUGUAGGGAUUUUAACUCAAGAAAUUCAGUGGUCGUGUUUAAUAAACACUCAUCCUGACCUACCAGAAAACACAACAUACAUAGCAUCAUCGUACGUGAAAGCGGUCGAGGCUUCAGGUGGUCGAGUGAUUCCAGUUUUUACGAAUAAAACUUUUGAAUAUUAUUUAGAUAUUGUUAAGAAGGUCAAUGGAAUUUUAAUACCUGGUGGAAGUUGUUCAUUUGAUACUAACUCUGGAAUAACUCAAUCUGUAUGUAUGAUUUACAAAAUUGCAAAAAAAAUAAAUGAUAUGCAUGAUCACUUUCCUAUAUUUGGAAUAUGCUUAGGAUUUGAACUAUUAUUAUUAUGUUCGAAUCAUGGUAAAACCCCUUUAGUAAUGUGUAAUUGUGAAGGCAUGAAUAUGCCAUUAGAAUUAAUCCCUGGUAUGGAAAAGAAAAGUGUUUUAUUUAAAAAAAUGCCUUAUGAUAUUAAAAAUAUUCUAUUGAAUAAACCAGUGACAGCAAAUCAUCAUCACUUUUGUAUAACAAGACCGGUCAUGUCAUCUACAGGUUUAAACAAAUUUUGGAAUACAAUAACAAUAAAUAGAGAUAUAAACGACAUGGAAUUUAUUUCUUCAAUUGAAGCAAAAAACUAUCCAUUUGUAGGGUUACAAUUUCACCCAGAAAAAAAUGCCUAUGAAUGGGAAAGAAAUGACCCCCACGACUGGGAUGCUAUUUACUCAGCAAGAUUCUUUUAUGAUUGGUUUCUUAAUGAAUGUCGUCAAAAUAAACACAAAUAUAUCAAUGAAGAAGAAUUGAAAGCUGAAAUCAUAUAUAAUUACCCUGAAACACAUGUAGGAAAUGAUACUUAUGCCAUGUUUGAACAAGUAUAUUUUUUUGUUUGACAAAAAAUAAAAUGAUGUAUAUAAAUAUUAACAAUAAUUUGUUAAGAAUUGAAACAAAAAUUAAAUAAAUAUAUAAAAAAUUAACUAAUUUUGAUUAAUUAAAAUACAUAUAACUACAUUUAUA